AGAGAGGGAGAGAGAGAGAGAGCGAGAGAGAUAGAAUGAGAGAGAGAUCAAGAGAGGGAGAUAGAGAGGGAGAGAGGGAGAGAAAGAGAGAGGGAGGGAGAGAGAGAGAGAGAGAGAGAGAGAGAGAGAGAGAGAGGAGAGAGAGAGAGAGAGAGAGAGAGAGAGAGAGAGAGAGAGAGAGAGAGAGAGAGAGAGAGAGAGAGAGGGAUGUUGAGAAUAGCCCUGAUCCUGCGAAGGUUGCAGAAGUCUGUGGAAGUGGCAUAUCAACGAAGUCUACGGACACGAGCCCUGCUGAAAGGCCCAUCGACGAAGAGCAGAUUUGUUCAAUGGGGUAGUACUAGUGUUUGCCUUGUGUACAAU